AACCAUGGUUAGUUAACCUCCUUAACCCGCCACCGCCUUAUUUAUUCUGCUCUCACCUCUGCCCAUCUCCUCCCCACUCUUAUCAUUCUUUAACCCCCAACCUUAGAAGGGUAUUUUCAAAAAUGGCCUCUUCUGAGAAUUUAAUGGCGAUGGAAAAGUCAUGGCCGCCGUUUCGUUCAACACUUUCCGAUUCUUGGUUUUUCGAUAUCUUUUCUAAUAAAGAAACAGAAGCACUGACAAAAGCUUUGAAGAAAUCGUUCACAAAUCCAUCAAUUGAUGAUGACUCUAGUCAUGAUUUUUCAACGGGUACAGUUGAAUCUUUUCUGGUUAGUCCCGAAUUAAGGCCGGUGCAGACACCCACGGUGGCAGGUGGUUUAGGAAGUGGAGUUUCGUUUGCGAAAAGCCGUUUUGAAGCGCCGGCUGGGAAGAUCACGAAGAGAAAGUCACGUACCUCGAAGCGGGCGGCGGCAACGACGUUUAUCACGGCUGAUGCGGCGAAUUUCAGGCAGAUGGUCCAGCAGGUGACGGGGUUGAGAUUCGGCGGUUUAAAUCCAGCGGCACAAGUGCUGAAGCCGCAGCCGCUGCCGCAAAGAGCUAUGAAUCACAUGCAGGAUGGUGGGUGCUUGCCAACCCUUGACACCUCAGCUUUCUUGCUGGGCCAAGUGGGGUCCACUUCAUUUCAAUCUGUUGAGCUACCGGCGGGCAAUGUUCCCCCGUCUCCGUCCGGUGCUGGUGGCUUUGAAUAUGACUCCUUUUUCAGCUUUCCAACUCUUGAGUCUUGGAAAGCUGUGUAACCUGAGAUUUUUUAUCUAAUCCUGGUUUAGACAUUGCACUGGAGGCGAGGGGUAAAAGGGAGAAUCUUUAAUUUUUUUAUUUCCCAGUGUAAAACGUCUAUAUUAUACAAAAACAAUAAAGUAAUGUUUGAUGUGUA